CGCAGACAUGGCCAGUUGUGUCUGUAGGGACGCCCAACCAAGCCAGAGCGGGUCAUUGCGGCCAAAGAAGAGGAUUUCCAGCAGAGUAGAGAAGACACAGCCUCUGACCCACUGUCAGUCAACCGCAGGUUUACUAGUGCUUAGCAUAAGCAUACUUGUGGCAAAAGGAAGGACGAAAACAAGGAAGGAAGGAGGGAGUGUUUGGCAAUGGUGCUGGCCAUGGAGGAUGCGUGUCCCAAUGGGGUGCAGGAGGAGGAGGUGGAGCCCCCUCUUGAGGUGGCCGCCACAGGACAGUCUGCUGGGGAGGGUCCCCCAGCUGGCCAUCCCACCCCGGGACCAGACACAUCUGGAGCCAUGCAACAGGUGUUGGAUAACCUGGGUGAGGUGCCGACCUCCGCGGGGGCCAAAGACAUCGACCUGCUCUUCCUGCGCGGCAUCAUGGAAAGCCCUAUUGUACGCUCACUCGCCAAGGCCCACGAGCGUUUGGAGGAGGUGAAGUUGGAGGCGGUGCAGGACAACAACGUGGAGCUGGUGACAGAGAUCCUGGGGGACAUCAACAGCCUCACUGUGAAGGAUGACAGCGCAGCUGAGCUCUCCAGGAUCCUCAAGGAACCCCACUUCCAGUCUCUUCUGGAAGCGCAUGACAUGGUGGCCUCCAAGUGUUAUGAGGUCCCACCCCCUGCUGAGACAGCCAAUGACGCGGCAGUGAACAGUGCUCUGAUGCAGGCAGACGCUGUGCGCAUGAUUGGCAUCCGCAAGAAGGCCGGAGAGCCUUUGGGUGUGACGUUUCGCGUGGAGAAGGAUGACCUGGUCAUCGCCAGGAUCCUCCACGGGGGGAUGAUUGACAGGCAGGGACUGCUCCAUGUGGGCGACAUCAUAAAGGAGGUGAAUGGGAAGGAUGUGGGCAGCAAUCCCACGGAGCUGCAGGAGAUGCUGAAGGACUGCAGUGGGGGGAUCACCCUUAAGAUACUGCCCAGCUACCGGGAUGCACCGGCCCCACCGCAGGUGUACGUGCGACCACACUUUGACUAUAACCCCACCAAUGACAAUCUCAUCCCAUGCCGAGAGGCGGGCAUGGAGUUCAAGAGAGGUGACAUCCUUCAGAUUGUCAACAGAGAGGACCCCAACUGGUGGCAGGCAUGCCAUGUGGUGGGAGGCACCACUGGACUAAUACCCAGUCAGUUCUUGGAGGAGAAGAGGAAAGCAUUUGUGCCAAGAGACUUUGAUGGAUCAGGGAUCCUGUGUGGAACAAUAAGUGGAAAGAAGAAGAAAAAGAUGAUGUACCUCACAGCCAAGAAUGCAGAGUUUGAUAGACAUGAGCUGCAGAUAUAUGAGGAAGUGGCCAAGAUGCCCCCCUUCCAGAGAAAGACGCUGGUUCUGAUUGGUGCCCAGGGAGUGGGCCGGCGCAGCCUGAAGAACCGUUUGGUGGUCCUCAAUCCUAGCAGCUUUGGCACCACCAUUCCUUUUACCUCUCGGCGACCCCGUGAUGAUGAGCUGGACGGCAACUCCUACCACUUCACCACUCGGCUGGAGAUGGAAGCGGACGUGAAGGCCGGCCGCUUUCUGGAGCACGGCGAGUACGACGGCAACCUGUACGGCACCAAGAUCGACUCCAUCCAUGAGGUGGUGGCCACAGGACGCACCUGCAUCCUGGAUGUCAACCCACAGGCUCUGAAGGUACUGAAGACAGCCGAGUUCAUGCCCUACGUGGUGUUCAUCGCAGCACCAGAGUUUGACACGCUCAAGGCCAUGCACAAAGCCGUGGUGGACGCAGGCAUCACCACCAAGCAACUUACGGAUGUGGACCUGAGGAAGACGGUGGAUGAGAGCGCCCGCAUCCAGAGAGCUUACAACCACUACUUUGACCUGACCAUCAUCAAUGACAACCUGGACAAGGCCUUCGAGACGUUACAGGCUGCCGUGGAGAAACUGUGCACCGAGCCCCAGUGGGUCCCGGUCAACUGGGUGUACUGAGGACUAACAGUGCCACAUACACACACACACAGACACACACCACUCUGACUAGUUCAGAGCCCCGCCAGCCUGGGUGUGUGUGUGUGUGUGUUUGACCACAGAGGCCGAGGACAAAGGUGAAAGA